ACAGGGCAGAGCUGCGCUGAGUGGGGCUGAACUAGUCCAGAGGAGUGUUAAGUAGAGAGAAAGGCAGAUAGAAAAACAGAUUGAAGGGGGGAGAGAGAGAGUCAGCACAGAUUGUGCUUAGCAAGCAGACUGGAUUAACAGCUGAAACAAACUGGACCUGUUUUUCUUUCUUUAGCUGAAGGUAGAGACUCAACGAUAACGUGGAUGGCUGUUUAGACAGAGCUGCAUGCUGGUUAGGUACCAGGACAGGAAACUAUGGCAGUCAUACCCAGACCUUGCCACUCUUCCUAGCAUUCAGCAUGCUGGUGCUCCUCUUGUAUUAGUGCUUAGUUUGGUUAAGUUUACCUUGGACCUUGGACUUGCUGCUGUUGGAGGCUGUCUUGCAGUGACAUUGACCCAUAACCCCCAACUCUUUUUGCAGGUUCUGCCUCCCCUGGAGUUGGACUCUAAUUUUGGCUUUUUGACCCCUGGAACAGGAACGGGUUUUUGAUCUGGCAGGGGACAUGACCUGCUGAGAACCAGUCUGGACUGACCCACCAGCGUUUACUCAUAAUCACGGGACAACAGGAACUUUUCUUCCAACAGUAUUAUCCUCUGCAACACUAAAUCUGAGCUGACAUUUAGUGUCUUUAGGAUUGCGCUGGAGGCGUGUAUUUAAAGGACCUCUCUGGCUUUUCUUGCCCCAGGACCAUGGGCUCUCUCUGGGGCAGUGUUGUGCUACUGUGUGGGGUGGUUCUGCUCAGGACAGGGGGCGGUGGAGCCCAACAGACCAAGAACAAUGUUCCCCGGCUAAAACUUUCAUAUAAAGAUAUGUUGGAGUCUAACAACCUUGUGACAUUUGAAGGCCUGGCCAACAGUUCGGCUUACCACACCUUCCUGUUGGACGAGGAGAAAGGGAGACUUGUGGUGGGAGCCAAAGACCACAUCUUCUCCUUUAACCUCCUCAACAUCAGCAAAGACUAUGCACAGAUCCCUUGGCCAGCUUCUCCCGCCAGAAGAGAUGAAUGCAAGUGGGCAGGAAAAGAUCUCUCAAGGGAGUGCUCAAAUUUCAUCAAGGUGUUGCAGCCGUUCAACCAGACCCAUUUCUAUGUGUGUGGGACAGGAGCCUUCCACCCUGUGUGUUCCUACCUGGAGGUGGGAAAGAAACCAGAGGACAGCGUGUUCAGACUGGAGUCUCACAUAGAAAAUGGGCGAGGGAAGAGUCCCUAUGAUCCAAAGCUGCUCACUGCAUCCAUGCUAAUUGAUGGGGAACUAUACGCUGGAACAUCAGCUGACUUCAUGGGGCGGGACUUUGCCAUCUUCCGCACGCUUGGCAUGCAUCACCCAAUCAGGACGGAGCAGCAUGAUUCCCGUUGGCUCAAUGAUCCCAGGUUUGUGGGCGUUCAUCUGAUUCCAGAGAGUGACAACCCAGAAGAUGAUAAAAUCUACCUGUUCUUCAGAGAGAACGCUAUGGAUGGAGAGCAUGCUGGGAAAGCCACACAUGCUCGCAUUGGCCAGCUCUGCAAAAAUGACCUGGGAGGUCACAGGAGUCUGGUAAAUAAGUGGACCACCUUCUUGAAGGCUCGACUUAUUUGCUCUGUGCCUGGCAGUAAUGGAAUAGACACGCACUUUGAUGAACUACAGGAUGUUUUUCUCAUGAGCACAAAGGAUCCCAAGAGCCCAAUCAUCUAUGCAGUAUUUACCACUUCCAGCAACAUCUUUAAAGGUUCAGCUGUGUGUAUGUACAGCAUGACAGACAUUAGGAGAGUAUUUCUGGGUCCUUACGCUCAUAGAGAUGGACCCAAUUAUCAAUGGGUGCCCUUCCAGGGACGCGUUCCCUACCCACGACCUGGCACAUGCCCUAGCAAGACAUUUGGAGGAUUUGAUACAACCAAGGACCUUCCUGAUGAAGUCGUAACCUUUGCCAGAAGCCAUCCGGCCAUGUUUAAUCCUAUCUACCCAAUUAACCAUCGACCGAUCAUAGUCAAAACAGAUGUAGACUAUCAGUUCACCCAGAUAGUGGUAGAUAAAGUAGAAGCAGAAGAUGGACAGUAUGACGUCAUGUUCAUAGGCACAGAUAUGGGGACAAUUCUGAAAGUCGUGUCCAUCCCCAGAGGCUCCUGGCAUGACCUGGAGGAAGUCUUACUGGAGGAAAUGACUGUCUUCAGAGAGCCAACAGCCAUUAAAGCAAUGGAACUUUCAACAAAACAGCAACAACUGUACCUGGGCUCAGACAUUGGCGUGUCCCAGAUGCCUUUGCACCGGUGUGAGGUUUAUGGGAAAGCCUGCGCUGAAUGCUGCCUGGCCAGGGACCCUUACUGUGCGUGGGAUGGCACUGAAUGCUCCAGAUACUUCCCUAUGGCUAAGAGGAGAACAAGGAGACAAGAUAUCAGGAAUGGAGACCCACUCACACAGUGUUCAGAUCUGCAACACCAUGAUGAACUAACUGGGCAGACAACUCUCCUGGAUAAAACUGUGUAUGGUGUGGAGAACAGCAGCACUUUCCUUGAAUGCAGCCCGAAGUCCCAGAGAGCCCUGACAUAUUGGCAGUAUCAGCACUCCACUGAAGACCGCAAACAAGAGAUCAAAUCAGAGGAACGUUUCAUCCGCACAGACCAGGGCCUGCUGAUUCGCACACUUAACAAGAAGGAUUCUGGCAUCUAUCUGUGCCAGGCGGUGGAGCACGGCUUCAUGCAGUCGCUUUUGAAGGUGACCUUAGAAGUCAUUGACACUGAACGCCUGGAGGAUCUGCUACAUCGUGAUGAAGAGGCGGCUGCCAGUGCCCCCGUCCAGGACCUUACUACACCUCGAGAAACUCCCAAUCAAAAGCUGUGGUACAGAGACUUCCUGUCUUUGGUCAACCACCCGACUCUGAACAGUGUGGAUGAGUUCUGUGAGCAGGUUUGGAAGAGGGAGAGGAAGCACAGGAGGCAGAAAGCUCACCUGGUGCAGCAAGUACAAAUACACCAGCAGCAACAGCAGCAGCAGCAACAGCAGCAGCAGAAGGUUGUGGUGAGCCCUCACAGCCACAUGCAUGCUCAAGGGCUGGCAGCCAAGUGGAAACACCUGCAAGAGAGGCAGAAGGGACGCAACCGCAGGACCCACGAACUGGAGAGGGCCCCCCGCAGUGUCUGACUUAUAGACCUUGACUUUAUCGCCAAACCUGAAACCGUACCCAGUUCUUAUUCUGUAACCCUGAUUAACUUACCCAGUUUUUUCCUUCAUACUGAGUUACAGACUUCUUCCACAGUGACUGGAUAGAAAAGUAAAAGUGUAAUACUUCCCUGAUCUGCCGGCUGGUGCGUUCUGUGCGUGGGCAGCCAUGUUUACAGUACACCAGUAAAGAGGACUGCAGGAAACAGGAUGUUGUAUCACACCAGACCAUUGGAGCAUAUUAUCUCAGCUGGCCUCUGUGGCCUGAACACCGCAGAGGGACAGUGUCAACCAGCACAAGAACUGAAUAUAUAAACCCACCCUAUAGACCUGACUGACUCCAUGUUGAAAUGGCUGUGUCAAUGGCAUUGUCUCAUGGCAUGCUAGUUAGGUGUCUUUGUCAGUGUGCAAUUAAUGAGAUACCUGGAAAUACCUGAGAAUCUCUUUUCUACUACACAAAUAUGAAAGAAGAGGAGGUGGGAUUGUAUUAAAAAAAAAAACAGCCUGGACAUUAAAGUGGACUUGCAGCGGAAAUACAAGCAUGAAAUAGGUGAAGCUGAUGGAAAGCACAAGAUGGGUUUUUGCUAUUAAAGUUAGUUUAAUCAAUCAACAUGAGAGAGAAAAACGCCCGAGCACUGCACGAAACUGGGAGCGACACUCACCACUUGUCAACAAAUAUAACUAUGUAGCUACGAUGUGUAAAUACUGUAUUCUGUGACAUCUCAUACUAAAGGGAAUGGCUUGCAGUUGUCUUGUUGCUUUAUGUUGUUUCCCAUGAUAGAAAUUUAUUUAUGGAAAAGUCUUUUGAAAGCAGUUGUAAACAUGGAGAUUUUGUACUAGUCUGUGUGUCUACGCCCUAGAUAAGCUUCCCAAACAAUAACAAAGGUUUUAUUAUUCUGUUUUGUUUAUCUAGUGUUUUUUUUUGUUUUUGUUUUUGUUUUUUUGGUGGGGGUGGGGUGGGGGCAUCAUCAGAUUCCUUCCAGUGUCAGCAGUCAUAAAGUUGACUGUCACUUCGCAGGGACGUCUGCCAACUGCAUCAUCUCAGUGCACAAAAUGUCAUCCUGAGUUCUUCCAAGUUGACUUAAUUCUUCUUUGUAUACACUUUGUUUCCACUACAUGUGUAUUUAUUGAUAUACAGUUAUGUACAUUGUGAAAAUAUUUUCCGAUGUGCAGUCUUUUUUUGUCCCAUAGUAUGAUCUAUCUGUAAUUUCUCAUUUGAUUUGAUUAUUUGAGUUACAGGACCAAUCUCCUAAAAUAACUGUAUUAUCAGAAAUACUGUAAUAAGACUGGAAAUAUCCAUGAGUUAUUUGUCAGUAUAGGUCAAUAUUACAUGCAUUGAAUAUCAAAUGCACUGAGCAAUAACCCAGUAUCCAUAUUGUAUUUUUCUUCCACAUUUUUUGCCUCAUAUCCAUAUUCUUCACAGGCAGCGCAGUGUAACAUCUCCAUUUCACUGCAUGAAACAUAAGAAACCUCUAGUUUUUGGGCAUAACAAUUAAUAUACAGCACACAUAAACACAAACCUGGAAUGUAGCUGUGAACAUUAUGUAAAUAGAAAUACUAUACUCUAUGUUUGACAAGUAUGACACUGUGUACUAGUGCAUGUGAAUACUAUUGUAGUGUUCCUGUUUUGCCAUAGCAAUGAUAUACUAGUCUGAUGUUGUCACUGUUAUUCUGUUGUUUUCUUAUGCAGUACACAAUAUUAACUAUUUCAAAGAUGUAAAUAUUAUUUCUGGUAGGACUCUAAACUGUAUAAUUGAUAAUUCCUGAGGUAGGUAUUCAAAAAAAGAUAUAAACAUGAUCUAAACAGGAUCUCAGCGUGGAUUUAAACAUCCGCAGACCAGGUAACAAUUAACAAUGUCAGUGGAGCGUUGCAGGACGUCAGUAUGUCAGAUGUCUAUUGAGUGUUUGCAAGCUUCAUCUGCUUUUGGAAUCUAUGAUGGUGGAAUAUAAUAAACAGCUGGAGCCAGUCUUGAGAAAGUGAUUUUAGGCUAACUAGACAAGUUGGAAACCAGAGUUGUGGAACUUUCAGUAGAGAUGGGCAUAUGAUAAGAUCAUCAUUAUGAAGAGAGAAUAUAGGGUUCCUCACUGCAUCUGUCAUGGACAUACAGUGAAAGUGAGGAAAUGAAGUGCUGCUGCUGCUGCUUUUUUGGCAUGAUUAUGAUGAUGGUGAUG